GGCAACCUGGCGCAUGCGCCCCUUUGAGCUCGCAGGCUGGCUGGCGUCUGUGGAGAGAGGGCGAAGGAGAGGGGACAGAGUUAGAGCAGGACGAGGAGGAGGAGGAGUUGUGCCGCGAAGGGAAGGGCGGCGAGCAGCGGCGGCGGUUCCCUCUUUCUCCGAGCCGCUCUCCCCACCCCCAAUUCCCGGUGGCUGUGGCGGUCGGGGCCGGGCCGAGUCAGCGAGAUGGUCAUGGCGUACUUUGUGGAGAGUUUCUGGGGGGAAAGGAACAAUGGCUUUGAUGUCCUCUAUCAUAAUAUGAAACAUGGACAUGUAUCUACAAAAGAACUAGCAGAUUUCAUAAGAGAAAGAGCUACAAUAGAAGAGGCAUAUUCAAGAUCAAUGACAAAGCUAGCCAAAUCAGCAAGCAAUUAUUCACAGCUUGGGACAUUUGCACCAGUCUGGGAUGUUUUUAAGUCAUCAUCAGAAAAAUUAGCAAGCUGUCACUUAGAACUUGUUCGGAAGUUGCAAGAGCUAAUAAAAGAAGUGCAGAAGUAUGGAGAUGAACAACUAAAAGCUCAUAAAAAGACUAAAGAAGAAGUUUCAGGAACUUUGGAAGCAAUGCAAAAUAUUCAGAAUAUUACUCAGGCCCUUCAAAAAGCAAAAGAAAACUACAAUUCAAAGUGUGUGGAACAGGAACGUUUGAAAAAGGAAGGUGCAACACAGAGAGAAAUAGACAAGGCAGCAGUAAAAUCCAAGAAGGCUACCGAUACAUAUAAACUCUAUGUUGAAAAAUAUGCUGCAGCAAAAUCUGAUUUUGAACAAAAAAUGACCGAAACCGCACAGAAAUUUCAAGACAUUGAAGAAAUGCAUCUGUUCCAUAUGAAAGAGAUUGUAGAAUGUUUUUCAAAUACAGUAAAAGAAGUUCACUUACAAAUUGGCGAGGUACAUGAAGAAUUUAUAAAUAACAUGGCAAACACAACAGUUGAAGGUUUGAUACAAAAAUUUGCUGAAUCGAAAGGCACAGGCAAAGAGCGACCUGGACUUAUUGAAUUUGAAGAGUGUAAUACAGCCAGUGCAGUUGAAGGGAUAAAGCCUAGAAAAAGAAAGCAUUUUGGGUUACCGAUUAUUAAAAAGGGAAAAGAUGCAGAAUCUGUGGAAUGUCCAGAUGCAGAUUCAGUUAACAUUCCGGAUGUUGAUGAUGAAGGUUAUAGCAUUAAACCAGAAGCUAGUCAGAAUACCAAAGAGAACCACUUCUAUUCUUCAAGUGAUUCUGACUCUGAAGAUGAUGAACCAAGGAAGUUCCAUGUGGAAAUUAAGCCUGUACAGGCAAAUAGUAGUUCUCAUUAUACAAUGCCUUCACUGGAUGAAUUAAAAGAAUCAAUAGGGAACAUCACACUUUCACCAGCUAUAUCUAGACAUAGUCCUGCACAAAUGAAACGGAAUUCAUCCAGUGAAGAAUUAACAAAAUCAAAGCUUUCUGCUUCAUCUAAUGAGAAGGGGAACAAUGACCUCCUGGCAUGGGAUCCACUCUUUAGGAAUUCUGGUGAUUCAUCCUCCCUGACCUCAACAAUGUCUUCAUCUUCAUCAGCAAGACCAACUACCCCUCUUUCUGUAGGUACCUUAGUGCCUCCUCCAAGACCAGCUUCCAGACCAAAGUUGGCUGCAGGGAAACUCAGUGGAAUUAAUGAAAUACCGAGGCCAUUCAGCCCUCCUUUGACCUCCAAUUCCAGCCCACCUCCUUCAGCUCCUUUGGCACGUGCAGAGAGCUCCUCCUCAAUAUCAUCUUCUGCUUCAUUAAGUGCAGCAAAUACACCUACAGUUGGUAUUUCACGUGGCCCUAGCCCUGUCAGCCUUGGAAACCAGGACACUUUGCCUGUUGCAGUGGCCCUUACCGAGUCUGUUAAUGCCUACUUCAAAGGAGCAGAUCCCACAAAAUGUAUUGUGAAAAUCACUGGUGAUAUGACAGUCUCAUUCCCAAGUGGAAUUAUUAAAGUCUUCACCAGCAAUCCAUCUCCAGCUGUGCUCUGCUUCAGGGUAAAAAACACAAGCAAACUAGAGCAGGUUCUUCCAAAUGCACAACUUGUAUACAGUGAUCCAUCACAAAGCAAUUCCAAUGUAAUGGAUUUUUGGAUGGACAUGCAAGCUGUUACAGUCUACCUCAAGAAGCUAUCGGAACAGAAUCCUUCAGCUUCUUACUAUAAUGUAGAUGUUCUAAAAUAUCAGGUAUCUUCAAAUGGCAUCCAAUCUACACCUCUGAAUCUUGCUACGUACUGGAAGUGCAAUAGUAACACUACUGAUGUAAGAGUCGAUUACAAAUACAACCCGGCCUCUAUGGCAGUGCCAACUAUGCUUUCUAAUAUACAGGUCAUGGUACCAGUUGAUGGAGGCGUAAUGAAUAUGCAGUCACUUCCUCCAGCAAAAUGGAAUUCAGAGCAGAUGAAAGCUUUAUGGAAAUUAUCUAGUAUUUCAGAAAAAUCAGAAAAUGGAGGCUCUGGCUCCCUCAGAGCCAAAUUUGACCUUUCAGAAGGACCCAGUAAGCCAGCAACACUUGCAGUGCAAUUUAUCAGUGAAGGAAGCACACUUUCAGGAGUAGACGUUGCGCUAGUAGGCACUGGCUAUCGGCUUUCCCUACUUAAGAAGAGAUUUGCCACUGGUCGAUAUAUGGCAGAUUGCUGAUGAGCCAGUGUGGGGGAAAUGAAUUCUCUCAAUGCAUAGAAAUUCACUAUUUUACUACCUUUCCAACACUAUUUUAACAUGCAUUUAUUUUUUAAAAAAUGUGUUGCUUAGUUUUUGAGUCUUAUAUCCAACAAAAAUGCACUUUCCAAAAUAAGUCAUUUAAAACAAACUCUAUUUUAUUAGCACUGAAGUGAACUCCAACACUAUCUGUAGGUGGUCAGCUGAAAUACUGGGAAACAAGAUUACACAAAUGCUUAAUACUUAUGUAGCCUCAAAGCCAAAAUAGCAGUCAUUUCUGGUAUUUAAAAGGUGUAGUGCUUUGUAAUACCAAAAGCAACCACAUUAUUUUAGCUUUCUAUAAAUAUUACUGAAGUAUACUUUUUCAGUUUCAAUAUUGCUAUUUCAUUUUAAAAAGUGGAAAAAGUAAUUUUUGUUUCAUUAUUGUAUAUUCAUGUGCCAUAUCUGGUUAGAGAUAUGUAUACAAAAUAA